AUGCGCACCGUUAUAAUAUUCUUACUCAGUCUAUCGCAUGUGCUUUCUGCAUCUUGCCUUGAGAAUGACACGCCCUCGAUGGCGAACCACUCAAGCCCAGACGGUUAUCAGGAACCAAGCUCACCAGUACAGACUUUUGCUUCGAUCGCCAAUACAGCAGGGCCUAGCGGCAUUCUAAUUCAACCGAAAGGUGGCGCCGUUUUCAAGAAUCAUGUGGGGAACGUGGGGAACGUAGAAGUGAUUUAUAAGGGCGUUUCGGAUGGGACGAAUGAUGUUGGCGCCAGAACUUGUACGAUCGAUCUUCAUUUAGUACCAGCUUCUAAUCAAAUCCAAACAAAAUCUAUCAACCUCAGCAGCCCUUCGGUGAUUCAUCUCUCCUACGGUUUGAGACCCCAUGACAGUGGCAGUAGCCAACCUAUUUGGGCCAAUUUUGUCCCUCCUCCUGGAGCAUGUGGCGAUUUCCACCUGGUCGUUUAUGAAAGGCAACUCUACAAGGACACCGUGAUUCAUUUCCAAUCCGCCGCUCCAAUAAUUCAUUUCGAGUGCGCCAACAUGGUUGCCCCAAAGGUCUACCCCCCAAGUUCUAUGUCCGAGCUUUGA